CAGCCAGCAGCCAACCUGCCAACACUUACUGACACUCACUCAUCUCAGAGGGAGAGGUGAAGAGGGAGACAAAAUACCUACCGGGGGUGGGGAAAAAAAGAACGGAGGAAGUCCACGUUUUGCAAACUAUUCCAUUUUUCUUCGCAUCCUACCCCACCCUCCCCCUCCCGGUAGUUAAAAAAAAAGAACCUAUAGCUUUCCUACAAGGCAAACCCCAAACGCGGAGUUACUGAGAGAAGAAACCGAGGUUAAAAAGAUUCCUCUUUUCUUCUUCAUCAUCAUCAGCCAUCAUUCAUUCACUACCUUGACAUUCCAUGGCUUUGAUUGACAGCUGGAGUGGCAAAAAGCCAUGAGACACGACAGUUUGGUUACAUGUGGGUUGCUGACGGGCCGAUCGUAACCUUCAGUUUGGGGGCUUGACGAUUUUUUCUUAAUUAUUACUAUUAUUAUUAUUUUUAUGUAAACGAAGAAAAAAAGGAAAGAGACGCAGAAAAGGGAAAUAGAGAAGAGAACGCGGAAAAAAGAAGAAAUAUCACAAACUCGACGUGGUUAUUUUUGCCUACUUUUUAUUGUGAUUGCUAUUACUUUUAUGAAUAUUUACGCGUAUUGGAGAAGUCUAUAAGUGGGUCGGAAAGACCGGGGGAAAAGGGAUUCUUCUUCUUCACUCAAUCACUUUGUUGUUGUUGUUGUUGUUGUUGCUGGACUGGGAUAUUAAAUAUAGGACACAUCCAGGAGUUUAUUGGAGCGCAGACUGAUGGCGCAAAGGUACGAUGAGCUGCCUCAUUACGGCGGGAUGGACGGAGUAGGGGUACCUGCUUCCAUGUACGGAGACCCUCACGCGCCCAGGCCGAUCCCCCCAGUCCACCACUUGAACCAUGGGCCGCCACUCCAUGCCAGCCAGCAUUACGGAGCGCACGCCCCGCACCCCAAUGUCAUGCCCGCCAGCAUGGGAUCGGCUGUCAACGACGCCCUGAAGCGGGACAAGGAUGCGAUCUACGGGCACCCGCUGUUCCCCCUGUUAGCUUUGGUCUUUGAGAAGUGCGAGCUGGCGACCUGCACUCCCCGAGAGCCUGGGGUGGCCGGCGGAGAUGUCUGCUCCUCAGACUCCUUCAACGAGGACAUCGCCGUCUUCGCCAAACAGGUGCGAGCAGAAAAGCCACUUUUUUCUUCAAACCCAGAGUUGGACAAUUUGAUGAUACAAGCAAUACAAGUCUUAAGGUUUCACCUUUUGGAAUUAGAAAAGGUUCAUGAGUUGUGUGAUAAUUUCUGCCACCGGUACAUUAGUUGUUUGAAAGGCAAAAUGCCCAUAGAUCUAGUUAUUGAUGAAAGAGAUGGCAGCUCCAAAUCUGACCAUGAAGAACUCUCAGGAUCAUCCACAAAUUUAGCUGACCAUAAUCCUUCCUCUUGGAGAGACCACGAUGAUGCAACUUCAACGCACUCAGCAGGCACACCGGGGCCUUCCAGUGGGGGCCAUGCUUCCCAGAGUGGAGACAACAGCAGUGAGCAAGACUGCCAGCCAAAUGAACACUUUAGGAGGAGGUGUAUAAAUAUGUCUGCAGCACCCAGAGAGUUAAUCCACCCCAUUGUGCAUAGGUGUUGGAGCUCUUAUGGAGAUGGUUUAGACAACAGUGUAGCCUCUCCCGGCACAGGGGAUGAUGAUGACCCAGACAAGGAUAAAAAGCGUCAGAAGAAAAGAGGAAUUUUUCCAAAAGUAGCAACAAAUAUCAUGAGGGCAUGGCUUUUCCAACAUCUCACACAUCCCUAUCCUUCAGAGGAGCAGAAGAAACAGUUAGCCCAAGACACAGGACUUACAAUUCUACAAGUAAACAACUGGUUUAUUAAUGCCAGAAGAAGAAUAGUACAGCCUAUGAUUGACCAGUCAAAUCGAGCAGGUUUUCUUCUUGAUCCUUCAGUGAGCCAAGGAGCAGCAUAUAGUCCAGAGGGUCAGCCAAUGGGAAGCUUUGUGCUGGAUGGUCAGCAACACAUGGGAAUCCGACCCGCAGGUUUGCAAGGCUUACCAGGGGACUACAUUUCUCAGGGUGGUCCUAUGGGUAUGAGUAUGACACAGUCAAUUUACACUCCUCCCCAGAUGACCCCUCAACCUACUCAAUUAAGACAUGGACCCCCAAUCCAUUCAUAUUUGCCAAGUCACCCCAAUCACCCAGCCAUGAUGAUGCACGGAGGACCCCCUACCCAUCCUGGAAUGACCAUGUCAACACAGAGCCCCACCAUGUUAAAUUCUGUAGACCCCAGUGUCGGUGGACAGCUUAUGGACAUUCAUGCCCAAUAGUAUUAGGGAACUCAAGGAAAGGAAAAAAAAACCCUAUUUUAAGACUUUUGAACUUUGACCAGAUGAUGACACUUAAUACACAAUUCCAGACAGCUGUGAUUAUUUUUUACUUUUAUCAUUUUUCAUCAACAACAGAGGACCAAUGGAAACAAGAACACAAAUGUGAAUUCAUGGGCUCGCUGAAAAACAAUCUAUGUCCAUGUAAAGAUCCUCUGGGAAAAAAGACUCCAAGAGUUAUAACUACUGUAGUAUAUAAACAUAGGAACUAAGUUAACUUGUAUAUUUCUGUUGAUCACUCCGUUAUGUUGCUUCAAAUAGUUUUUAGAAAGAGAAAUAAUAUCCUUGUUUUCCACACUAUGUGUGUUGUUCCCAAAAGAAUGACUGUUUUGGUUCAGCAGUGAAGUCACUAUCCAUGAAAGAUGACAGUAUAUUUCAGACCUGUUUUGGCCAGUGAGAAAAGAACUACCCUGGAGAGGAACAUAAAGUCUUGCUGGGUCUCUCAUCGCUCAGAAGACAGUUCCAAGAAGGCCUUGCCAUCCCCUGGUUUUGUUCCUUCAUAAAUGUGUCCUUUAGUUUCAAACAGACGUUUAUAGUUUGUGCUUCAUAAGCCCAAGAUAUUUUUGGACUCUUUUUUUCAAAGAGCUUGCAGGUGAAGAUUUAAAAAGACAGAGCAGGAGCUUCUUCCAGUAGUUCUGAGCCUUGGCUUGGGACAAGAUAAAUCUGAAGGUUGGGCAGCUUUCCUCAACAAAAGAAGAUAUUAAUGAUCUUUGCACCAAACCUAGAACUUUAUCAUGAACUCAGAGCUUGGGAAAAAGCAAGAGAAUACUGUAACAAACUUCGUACAGAGUUCGGUCUAUUAAUUGUUUCAUGUUAGAUAUUCUAUGUGUUUACCUCAAUUGAAAAAAAAGAAUGUUUUUGCUAGUAUCAGAUCUGCUGUGGAAUUGGUAUUGUAUGUCCAUGAAUUCUUCCUUUCUCAGCACGUGUUCCUCACUAGAAAAAAAAAUGCUGUUACCUUUAAGCUUUGUCAAAAUUUACAUUAAAAUACUUGUAUGAGGACUGUGACGUUACGUUUUAAAGAAAAGGUGUUAAGUCACAAAAUGCGGUAAUAAAUAUUUCAUUUUUGAUUUUU